AUGCGUGCCACGCUCGAUUCCAGUCUUCUGCUCAUCCUUGCCAACGCUCUGGCAGCCAAGGCACAGGCCCAGUCAUGCCCCGAGAUCCACAUCUUUGGCGCCCGUGAGACAUCGGUAGCACCUGGUUUCGGCUCAGCUGGUGCACUGGUCGACAUGAUCAAGGCUGACCACCCAGGUGCUACCUCAGAGGCCAUUGACUACCCUGCUUGCGGUGGCCAGGCGUCUUGUGGUAAUGUUGAGUAUGGUGCUUCGGCAAAGCAAGGUACUGAGGCCGUUACCACUGCUGUCAACGGGCUUAAUCAGAGGUGUCCUGACACCAAAAUUGUCAUGAUUGGUUACUCUCAAGGUGGUCAGAUCAUGGACAACAACAUCUGUGGAGGACCAGACAACGGAGCUUCAAUCUCUGACUCUAGCGUUCCUCUGUCAGAAAGUGCAGUCCAACAAGUCAAGGCUGUCAUAAUGUUGGGCAAUCCCCGAUUCAUCAACGGCCUGGCUUAUGGAGUCGGAACCUGCGAUGCUGGCGGCUUCGAUGCUCGUCCCGAAGGUUUCAGCUGCCCCAACGCCGACAAAGUUCAGAUCUACUGCGACGCUGAAGAUCCUUUCUGUUGCAAUGGUAACGACUCUGCCCAUCAUCAACAAUAUGUGGAUAUCUACGGCAAAGAGGCUUUGGAGUUUGUGAACUCUAAGCUUUCGGGUUCUGCAGCUGGUGGAAACACGGGUAAUGGCACCGAUGGUGGAGCUGCAGACACUGGAAAUGCUAACGGAGACGCUGGCAACAACGGCGGAAACACUGGUUUUCCUGGAGGAGAUGCUGGAAAUGCUGGCAACAACGGAAACACGGGUGGGAACUUUGGGGGCAACUUCGGCCAGGGUGGUAACUUUGCGAAUGCUGGUAGCACGCAACCAAAUGGUAACAAGUGCUAA